AUGACAACAUCUACGCCCUUCUCCCGGAUGGGCAACUUGCCCGCCGUUAGACGACAGCAUCUCCUUGCCGAGUUUGCCGGUCUUAAACAAGCAUGUCCAAAUGGCGUCUUCGUCAGUCUCACGCCUGGUGACCCAAAUCUAUGGUCAGGCGUGAUCUUUGUACGCAAAGGUCCAUACGCCAAUGCCGUCCUCCGCUUACAAGUCUCCUUCCCGGACUCGUAUCCGAACCUGCCACCCCUAGUUACCUUCUCCACAGACAUGUUCCAUCCCCUCAUCACGCCUCUCACAACGUACAUGUACAGCACCGACGUCCAGGACAACGGUACCGUCAGUGCCACCGACGAGGAGCGCCUUCCACCCGGAGGCUUCAGUCUACGUCAUGGCUUCCCGCACUGGUUUGGUAGGGCCAGUCGGUCCCGCGUGGAGCAUGGCAGUGGCGGUCCAGGCGGAAGGCCACCUGCAUCUGUAGAGAUGACGCCGCCGCCGGACACUCGCAAGGUCCAAACCGGAAACCGGUCCGAAGACGGGACCGAGAAUGUCGGAGGAACGGACGGGACGUCGGAGCCCACCAUCGAGCCCGAAGCCAAAGCAGAUGCGGCUGCCGCCCGCAACAGGUCAUCUGCCAGGCGGGACGUUUCAACCUACGAGGUCCUCCGGUACAUCCGUAGCACCUUUGACAAUGCAAACGUCCUUGACUCAGUCCCACUCGAGGCGGCUGGUAAUCCAGGCGCCUGGCAUGCGUGGCGCACUCACCGGAGACAACAGUCUGCCAAGUUGACUUCUUCCCCGGCUUCGGUGAAGUCUGACACGGGCUCAAGUAUGGCCAAGAUAGACGAGACCAUCACUAGUCCUACGCCAAGCGGAAAAACCGAGACAGGCUCAACCACCUCGCCAUCGGCCGCACCAAAGCGCCCUGAAGAAUGGAACUGGGACGGUGUUUGGGAAGAGAGGGUCAAAAGAGGCAUUUCGACUAGCUUGUCAGAGCCGGUCUUGUUUGGACACGCUGGGGCGGCAGAUGAAGUGAUCAAUUUCAUCAGCAUGGAGGAACCAGAUGUGGAGGGAACGAAACAGAACCUCCUUAGGACUCUUGGUGUUAUACCUUAG